ACCCUCCCUGAUUGCACUUUUCACCCAUUUAAUCGACGGCGGUUGUUUUUCCCCAGAGAGCAAUUUCACUUAUCUUACGAUAGGUGCCUACAAUUCGCACAAUUAUAACCUCCCCCCUCCGGCAAAAGCGGUAUUUGUUUGCUCCUCUCACUCUCCGUCUGUUUGAAACACGAUAGCCAUAUUUCAUUAUCUGAGCAAAAUUUCAAUUAAAGAAAACUUAAUACGAAAAUCGUAAUUAAAUAAUAAAAUAAAAGCCUGGGAUAGAAUUAGACAACAAAAUGAUCCAAGCUACAGUUACUCUAUGUUGAUGUGUGAGUUUGCAUCGACUUUGUGAGAGCAUAUCGAUCUAUAGCAAAUUGACAAACUAAUAUUGAUUUUACGCGCUUCCGACGAAAACUGCACCUGCCAGUAGGAUCUAAGGAAUUAGUGUUGUGAUCGCAUGCAAAUUUUAUUUACUUUGCAUCAGGAACUGUUGGAGGGAAUAUUGUAUUCAGUUUGCAUCAGGUGAAAAGCGUUCUCUGUAAAAAAAAAAUUCAGACUAAUAAGAUGCCUUUUCCUACGAACGUCUCAAGCAACUCCAGUGUGAACUGCCAGACAAGCGAAGAUCUCGUUACAAAUAUCGCCACGAUUGUCAUCAACGCACUCUCCGCGCCUUUUGCCAUAGUGUUCAACGUUCUCGUCACGGCCGCCAUAUGGAAGAACCCUUCGCUACACACACCGCCCUAUGUCUUACUCGCCAACCUUGCUAUCGCCGACUUGCUAACAGGGCUCCUAACGCAGCCAGUCGUGAUAGCUUUUCUCGCGAAUGGCAUUCACUUUAAGGGGUACUCAACAAAUCUGGGGUCUUUAACAAACACUUGCCGUUAUCUUGCUAGUACGCCGACCUUUCUGACUUUGGUAACGAUCAGCGUUGAACGCUGCUUGGAUUUGUACGCGAACUCCAAGUACUCGAUUAUUGCUACAACCAAGCGACUCAUCGGUCUGUGUAUGGGGAUCUGGGUGUGUGCGAUUGCACUCGCGUGUAUUCACGAGGCACUAAGCGUGGACCACGCUCGCCAGCGUGUGGUCGGACACGUCUUCCUCGCCAUGACUGGACUAACAUCACUAUGUACAGGAGUGUUACAGCUUGCCAUAGUCGUCACGGUGCGUCGCCAUCGUCGCCAAAUACAAGCGCAGAUGACCAACCCUUUGCAGACAAGCACUGAUUCAUCGUCAAGGCAUGUCGUACAUAGCGCCAAGCUUACAAUCAGUCUCGCUAUUGUUAUCGCUAUCUACGUCCUAUGCUACUUGCCGAAGUUUGUGCUCGCGCUGUAUGGGCUACAGUUUGAAGCGUGCCAAUUACGAGGUGUUGACCUGAUAGUGGACGCCUUGCUAUGUGCGAGAGCCGGUUUGGACCCUGUUUUUAUAUGCCUUGUUUGCACGGACAUAGAGAACGCAGUAAAGAGAGUACUGGGGAUUGAUCAUCACUAAAAUUCGGCGA